CUCUCUCUCUCUCUCUCUCGACCUACAGAAGUAUGCUGUAAAACUUGCUGGCGUUUGAGCUCCUUCUGACUCGAGGAAGCUUUAUUAUUAUGUUUCCUUUUCUUCAUAAACAGCAUUAAUGUUUUUAGACCGUCAGCGCGGGUGCAUGAGGAGGCAGCACACAAACAGCUGGACUUUUUUCCUCUCCUAACGGUAAAGGUUGUGAGAUCUUCAAUGCCUCCUAGAGGAAAUGGUCCAGACUGGAACAGAGCCAGAGCCAUACACAGCCUGUCAUAAGGAGGCGCUGUCCGUGGUGAGUGAGGACCAAUCUCUGUUUGAGUGUGUCUACAGCGUGGCCCAGCAGGCCAAGCCAGACAUGACAGCAUCAGCAGUGAGUGAGUAUGGCCAGAGUAAGCUGAGUCCACGAGCAACGCAGCAGGACUGGCUCACCCCUCCGUCUGGCCGUGUCACCAUCAAGAUGGAAUGCAGCAAUGGAGGAGGAUCUGGAACCACAGGAGGAGGAGGAGGAAGAGUGGGUCAGGUGAAUGGCUCUAGGAGCUCCCCAGAUGACUGCAGUGUAGGGAAAGGAAAAAUGGCAAGUGGAGGUGAUGGUGCUCCUAUGACCUACAGCAGCUACAUGGAGGACAAACAUGCUGCCCCUCCCAAUAUGACAACCAACGAGCGCAGAGUCAUUGUACCUGCAGACCCCACGCUAUGGACGCCAGAUCACGUGCGUCAGUGGUUGGAGUGGGCUGUAAGAGAGUACGGUUUGCUCGAAGUGGACAUCUCGCUCUUCCACAACAUUGAUGGCAAGGAGCUCUGUAAGAUGAGCAAAGAGGACUUCCAGAGACUCACGCCCAGCUACAACGCUGACAUCCUACUGUCUCAUCUCCACUACCUACGGGAGACUCCACUUCCCCAUUUGACUUCAGACGAUGUUGACAAAGCCUUGCAAAACUCGCCACGGUUAAUGCAUGCACGUAACACAGGAGGUGCAAGCUUCAUCUUCCCCAACACUCCAGUCUACCCACCUGACACUCCCAGAGCCCCUGCAAGACCAGAUUUGGCUUAUGAAGCCGCCAGACGAUCUGCAUGGCCGUCCCAGUCAGCGACAACCAAUAAAGUUUCACAGUCUUCACCAGCCAUCGUGACCAAAACAGAGGAGCAAAGGUCACAGCUUGAUCCGUAUCAGGUUUUGGGACCAACAAGCAGCAGGCUGGCAAACCCAGGUUCGGGUCAGAUCCAGUUGUGGCAGUUCCUGCUGGAGCUGCUCUCGGACAGCGCGAACUCGAGCUGCAUCACAUGGGAGGGCACAAACGGAGAGUUCAAGAUGACCGAUCCAGACGAGGUGGCACGGCGCUGGGGAGAGCGUAAGAGCAAGCCCAACAUGAACUACGACAAGCUGAGCCGCGCUCUGCGCUACUACUAUGACAAAAACAUCAUGACCAAAGUGCACGGCAAGCGCUAUGCCUACAAGUUCGACUUCCAUGGCAUUGCCCAAGCCUUACAGCCUCAUCCUCCUGAGUCAGCCAUGUACAAAUACCCUUCUGAUCUGCCUUAUGUGGGCUCAUACCACCCCCACACACAGAAAAUGAACUUUGUGUCACCUCACCCUCAGGCCCUGCCCGUCACGUCCUCCGGCUUCUUCGGUGCGCCCAACCCUUACUGGAACUCACCCGGAGCCGGCAUAUACCCCAGUCCACGCCAUCCAGCCACCCACAUGCCCCCUCACCUGGGCACCUAUUACUAGGUGUCUCAGAGUGGGCAGGAAAAUAACAGCAUCUCUCCUGAGUUGAACUGGAGCGCCCCCAAGAGGCUGAAAAUUGCAGCUUCAUGCUGAGCCAGGGAACUGGAUAUGGCGGUGGAUUUAUCCAAACAAAAAGAAAGAAGUAGGGGAUGCAGGAGGCACACAAAAACCUAAACAAAAAUUUUGACUGUGGGAUGUUGUAAUCAAUCAUUUUUAAGAGGUUCUCAAUUAAACUUAGACCAGCGAGUCUGAAUCACAUCAGAUUAUCCGAGGAAUGCAAAAUAACAAUGCAAACAAAAUAUCCUGCACAAUUUGACUACAAUGCAAGGUCAAGUAGCUUGUACAUGCUUGUCUGGAAGCCUAAACAACACUUCGUAUGGGCACAAGAUGGCCUCUGGACACAAUGCCAACAUGUUCAAGACUGUAAGGUCAGCAGCAGGUCUUUAAGAGAAUGUGAAAGAGGACAAUCUAGCAAGUUGCAUUCAUGUAAAAAGGGCUUUAUUUUACCAAAGACAAAAAAAUGUAGGUGCAUGAACAGUUAUGUAUUAUUCUAUAUGUUUUUAAGUAUUAAACUACCUUAAUUUGAACAAACAUAUCAAAGAGAGUUAGUAAGAUGUAAAUGAGGUGGCUAAGGUGUGAAAGUAAGAGAAUGACUCAGAGAGAGAGAGAGAGAGAGAUUAGUCAGCAAAUGAGACGGAGGGAAGGUAAAGAAAGUAUCAAGUAUUACUGCUUUGGAUAUAAACUGCCAUAUUUAUCAGUAUUAUACUACAUAGUAGUUCAUAUGGCAUUACAGAAAGUAAAGAAAGGACAUUAACUUGAUUGUUAAUUUCUUAGAGGGAAGAACCUUGAAAAUGAUUUUGUAAAAACUGGAAAUGGUAAGAAUCUUUAAAUGUUUUAAAUGACCUCAGACAUGUUUAGACAGAGGUGGAUUUUCUUAAAAUCAGCGCCUUAUUGAAGAAGUUCUUCACACAUUGGUGGAGGGUUUAGAUUUUUUUUUUAUUUUUAUUUUUUU